AUGGAACAUGAUGUGCUGAUGAUCGUUCUUUUCUCAAUGAUAGCCACCCAAAGGAAAGAAACCCGCGCCUGCGCCUUUCCCGCAAGGGAAGGCCGGUGCCAGCAAGAAGGCCGCAAAGGUGAGUUGUCCCAUCCAGUUUGCAAGCCCCGGCGGCUUAACCCACUCCUCGAGAAGCGAGCCCGAAACUUCGGCAUCGGUCAAGACGUUCAACCUCCCCGCAAUCUCUCUCGCAUGGUGAAAUGGCCAGAAUACGUUCGCCUGCAGAGACAAAAGAAGAUCUUGAACAUGCGUUUGAAGGUCCCUCCUGCGAUUGCGCAAUUCUCCAACACCCUCGACCGAAACACUGCCGCCCAGACCCUUAAGCUCUUGAACAAGUACCGCCCGGAGACCAAGGUGCAGAAGAAGGAGCGUCUCCUGCAAGAAGCCACCGCUGUGCAGGAGGGGAAGAAGAAGGAGGAUGUUUCCAAGAAACCAUACACCGUCAAAUACGGUCUUAACCAUGUCGUUGGCCUGAUCGAGUCCAAGAAGGCCUCGUUGGUCCUGAUCGCCCAUGACGUGGACCCGAUCGAGCUCGUCGUCUUCCUGCCGGCCCUGUGCCGCAAGAUGGGUGUCCCCUACGCCAUCAUCAAGGGCAAGGCCCGUCUUGGAACGGUCGUGCACAAGAAGACCGCCGCCGUGCUGGCUCUGACCGAGGUCAAGUCCGAGGACAAGGCCGAGCUGAGCAAGCUGGUCAGCGCCGUCAACGAGGGCUUCAUCAGCAAGUACGAGGACCACAGACGUCACUGGGGUGGUGGUAUCAUGGGUCCCAAGGCCAUCGCGAAACAGGAGAAGGCGAGAAAGGCCGUCGAGUCUGCCAUCAAGAUCUAA